AUGGGUUCAAGUGCGAUAACCAGCAUCAGAGCACUGCACCAACAAGCCAAAAACAAGAUCAUGGCGGCACAUCAUCAACCCAAGCCCAAACAGAAGCCGGCUUCUUCUCAUUCGUCUCUUGGAAGGAUUGGCCAACAGAGAGCAAAGGCAGCAGAGGAGUCGCUUAGAACAGUCAUGUAUUUCAGCAAUUGGGGUCCGUACACCUGA